CAUUCAGUAUUUUGCACAUGUGCUUUUCUGUACUUCCAGUUUGCAUUUAAGAAAGGCAUUUAGAUUUUUGCUUUAAAAUUUGAAACGUUGAUUUAUUUAUACCACAUAGAGCUACUCUAAUUUUUAAAAGGCUUCUUCCUGCAGUGUGAUAAUCUGGAGUGGUAACUGAGUUGCUGACCUUGAAAUGGCACCCACUCCGUCUGUUGAGGAACUGCAGACUCAGCUGGAAGAACUCAUCUACAGAAACACCGAGCUAGAAGAGCAGGUCGAGGAAUGGAAGGCAGCGAGUCAGGAGAAGGAGACUGUGUUGGAGUCCAUCACAGAUGAGAUCAGUGAAUUCAAGGAAGUGCUGGAGAAAGAGAAGACUCAGCUGGAAACAACAGUUGAGAAACUGCAAGAGAGAAUCAGAGAACUGGAGGCCAUCAUUGCGGGCAACCAGGGGCUGAAGGAGGGUCUGGAGCAGUUGGACUCUCUGAAGGCGAGUACGGAGGAGGAGAGGGAGAAAGACGAGGAGAUAGCGAGGCUGAAAGAGGAACUGAGGAAAACUCAGGAGCAGCAAGCACAACAGAUGAAACGGGAUCUUACUGCAUUGCACGAUCCGCGUUCUCUUGUGGAUGAGCUGAUGCGCAUUUCGCUGUCGGCCGAGGCAGCAUCCAAAUUGAUGCUGCUCAUUGGCAAGAGCAUGGACUUCGACGUCGAGGCACUAAGCGACACCUUCCAGAAGAAGAGUCCAGAGGAGAGACAGAAGGAACUGUCUGAUCUGCUAUACAACCAAGUGUCCGAACUACACUCCAACAACAAACAACUACAAGUGGACGUGGUUGAGAAAACAGACCAGAUCGAGGGGCUAAAAGUGGAAUUGCAGACAUUGGAAGAAUCCAGUGUGCCAGUCGUUCAUGUAGAGCAGCUCAAAUCAAGUCUGGAACAGGUUACGAAGGAAUCGGAGAUCCACCAGGAGAAGGUACAACAGCAUGUUGACACGAUAGGACAACUCAAACAGGACUUAGAGGUGAACGAAGCUGCGAUUGAGGAGCUCGUGCACACUAAGACAGAUCUGGAACAGAAGGGCAAACAGCUGCUAGAGGAGAAGAAAAGUCUGGAGACUAAGAAGGUAGAACUGGAGGAGAGUCUGGUGUCCCAACAUGACCAGAUCGAGAAUCUCAAUUCCGAAAAGGAUGUACUCAUGGGAGAACUCGUGCAGCCGGGAAGCCAACGUUUGACCGAGGGAUUGUUCAAACAAAUAUCUGAAAAAUUGAUUCGAAUGGGUAGAGAUCCAGAAUCUCUGCUUGACAAGAGCAAUAAGAAACUUCCGUCAGGUGGACUAAUUGACGUUCCCAAGGAGUUAGCAGAACUCAGAGCAGCAGUUGGCCUUAUGGGAGAUAUAUCAGCAGAAGAUAUUCAGAAUUUCGCAAAGAUUCAUGGAAACUUGAAACCCGGACAACUUGAACAACUUUUGAGAAUUCAGGAACAAAGUCCUGACUUACUAGAGAAAACACUGUUGAAACUUGAUAAUGAUAAAAAGUCCAGAAAAUUAAGUUUGGAAGAUUUAGUCAAAGAAGGAGUGCUCUCAGAAUCAGAUUUAGAACAUAUAAAGAGCAUCGCUCAUGAGGAGACCGAACAAAUUCUCUCCUCGUUGCAUGGACAGCCAGAACAGAUGCAAACUUUGGCCAAACUUUGUCGAGAAUUUCCAGAACAAAUGGCUGAGUUGGAUCCAAAACAGUUACAUGCCUUUGCUGAGAUGUCAAGUGAUGGAAAUUCAUUGAUUCAAAAGCUUCUAGAACUUUCCAGGCAGGGCAAAAACGCAUUAGAUGAGUUACUUAGGAAUAAAAAGAUCAGCGUGGAGGCAAGAAACAAAAUUGGAGAGCUUGCUAAGGUCUUGAGUCCUACAGAAGCUGCAGCUCUGGCAGAAUAUCAGAAAAAUUUAAACAAAGAUGACUUUGAAAAACUUGUCGAUCUAUGCUACACAAAUACGGAACAGAUGCGCCGCAUUUUGGCAAAUCCAGAAACUACACCGGAGUUCAUAGAAACUCUUCUAGAUGCCAGUUCAACUAUAGCUCCAGAGCUAUUGUCUCCACUAUUGGACCAAGUUUGCAAAAUGGGAGUCAAAAAGGCGGAAAUUUUACUGGCUCAAUUACCUGUAGAAAGUGACGAAGCUAACUCGAACUCAGAUACAAGAAAACUGGCCUUAGAAAACUUCCAAUCACUUUUAGCUGUAAGUGAGAAUUUGCCAAAUCAGAGCCAAAAAGAUAAACUUAUAGAAUUACAGAAGACACUGUCGCCAGAAGCGUUCAAAAAGCUAAUGCAAUUCGCAGAGCGGAAUCCAUCUAAGUUCCAAGAACUACUUUCAAAAGAAUAUAUAAACCCAGACACACUAGAAAAACUGCUAGAAAAGUCGGAUGAUCUUGAUUCGGAAACUUUGGAUCAACUACUGAACAUAUACAGCGAUGUCGACGAAGAAAUAUUUGACAAUUUAUUGGCAGCCGUUGAAGCCGACCCAGAGGCAGUUAAGAAUCUUCUGGCUACAAUUGGAACCACUGGACUGUCACCAAAUAGUUCAAAUCUACUCAGCGAAAAUUUAUCUAAAAUUUUAUCAGGGAUGUCAAUUAUGCCAGAACAACAACAUGCUGUUCAAUCAGGGUUGAGCGACGGAUUUUUUCCAAAUAACGGGUUCCAGAUUGACACUAGCCAACCUUUUUCAACUAUGACGUCCAAAGUAUCCGAGAAGUACGUCGAAGAUUCUGAUAUGGACGAUGAGAUAAAAUCGCUUUUACAGGUCGUCAGCUCCCAUGUGACUCCUAAACAAUUCGACUCUCUUCUAGAACUGCAAAAGAAAAUGAAUCCCGAAGACUUUAAAAGUUUACUGAAACUCCUGCUCGAAAGCCCGCAAGAUGGCGCCCAGUUGUUGUCCAACUUGGACUACGAUAGUGAUGAGGUGAAGAAAGUGCUUGGAACUGUGAAAGGUCUCAGCUCAGACCAGCGUCAACAGCUAUUAGAAGAUCUCGCAAAAUGUGAUGAAGAAAAGGUUCAAGUAUUACUUGAGGCACUUGAUGAUAUAAAUACUGAAAAUAUCAGCAAACUUGUAGACUUGGAGUUAGAAAGUACAUUGGCUCUACCUGAUCUUCAGAAAAACCUUCUGGCGUCGCCUAUUGCUCUUGAAAAUCUUUCAAAGUUAGACCCACAAUCAUCCGAUAAGUUGCUUCAGCUCAACAGAGAAAGUCCUGCUUUGGUUGAGAAAGUUCUAGAAGGCGGAAGUGUUGAUGCUGAGCAGAUUGAAAGACUUCUUGAGAUGAAAAACAAUUUGACACCUGACCAGUUUGCUCAAUUUGUGAACAUUUCUGAACAAUUUACCCCUGAAGAAAUUCUGGAUUUCGUCAACUUGAGCGAACAAGCGCCGGACCAGUUCAUGUCACUGGUAUCUCCAGGAGCGGAAGACAAGCGGAAAAGCAUUUCAGGGACCCUUAGUGAAAUGGUUGCUGAAAAUGUAGCAAAUCGAGCACAAGGCCUGGAAUUGGACGAUCAAAGCAGCGGCAAUUUGGUCGUUUUUAGCCAAGAAGCAACUCCAAAAGAAAUGGACAAGUUUUUGUCUCUGAAAGCAAUUUUGAAUGAUAAGCCAGAUGAUUUUAUCCAGUUAACAGCCUGGGCCGGGGAGGAUCCAGAAAAUUUUAAGAUGUUUCUGGCUGCAGACAACUUGGAUGCAGAAAAUAUAGCGCACAUUCUAGAGCUAAAAGACGCUGUUUUGCCCGAUGAGUUUAGAGAUAUGUUGAAACAAUAUGCAGGUAAAGAAGAAUUAGAGAAAAAUGAGCCUGCAAAAACCAUUCCAGAAAGUGUCGCAAAAGUUGUCCAAGAACGACUUAACGAAAACAAAUCCGAUUUAGCGCCAGAAUUUGUUACUAAAUUAGAACAAACAUGUGUCAAUCUCCCUUCCAGAGACGCCGAGAAACUUCUGAGUCUGCAAAAAGGACUAAGUCUGAAAGAAUUUGAGGAAUUGAUAGACUUGGUGUCUGAAAACCCGAUAAAAAUGUCGCCAUUUUUGAAUUCGUCGAAGUGUAACGCAGAAAACACGAAACGUUUGGUUCAAGCUAGUGCCAACUUAAAUGCACAAGAAACUGAGUCAUUAUUGAGGAUGGGAGAGAAUUGCACGCCUGAACAAGUUUUUGACGAGCUGAAAAAACUAGCGAAAGAUACUAAGGCCUCAAAACUAAAACAAAUUCUGAAAACUGCUGAUUGCUGCGAGCCUGAAAAUUCAGGAAAUGUUAUGCAACUUUGUUCGUCGCUUAGUCUCGAACAGGCUACUCAACUUGGCAAGCUCGCUGAAACGAAUCCUGAAACAGUAAAAACGAUGCUAGCUAAGAGUUCUUUAGACGCCAAAACCCUUGGUCACUUCCUUAAACUUCAGCCUGCGUUGGAAGGCGAAGAAUUUAACGAAUUGGCGCAAAUUUCUGCGUCGACAGAUUCAAAAACAUUUGACAAGUUCCUUUCGAGCUUCGAACAAAAUCCAGAAGUUUUCCGAGCUCUUAUUGAGGAAAAAAGUGAGAUUUCUAAUCAAAUGAAAGAUUUGCUAUCUCUUCCUAAAAAUGGAAAGCCUAAACCAGAUAUGUUUCUGGAAAAACUGGGCAAACUAGCAGAAAAAGUAUCCGGUCAAAUUGACACUAAUGAGAAAACAAAACAGCAAAUUAGGUGCAUUGUGCAAGAAGCACCACCGGAGUGCACUAAUAAGCUUCUGGCAAUGCAAAGUGAAUUGAAAAAGGCAGAUUUUGAAAAAUUAAUUGAAGUUUGUGCACUGGAGCCUAGCAUAUUGUCAUCGUUCGGAGACGAUCAAAAAACUUUUUCAUUAUGUGCUAAAGAAACGAUUAAGCUAUUUGGUGACGUAAAACCGAACAAUGUUCAGCAGUUUGCAAAAUUGGUGUCUCAUUUGCAACCAGAAGAAGCGACGUCGAUGAUGGAAAAAUUUGCAGGGCUUAAGAGCAAAAAAGCACGAGGAGCUGCUACUUCCAACUUGAACAUGUGCCUUGAGGCAAGUACUGAGAUGCCAUUAGAAACAUCAAAGACUCUCUCAGUCCUAAGCUGCGAACUUGAACCGGUUGAGUACUCGGAGCUUAUUGAAUGUCUGAAAGAGGAACCAAAAAUGGCUGAAUGUCUGAAGCAAACGACGCAAGGCAAGAAAAUUGAAGACUUGAUUCAUUUGAAAGCAGACUUGGAUAUAAGUCCAAAAGAAUUGAGUAAAGUUUGUGACCUUUUCAAUUACCUCGACAAGAAUAAUUUUGCUUCCCUGGUAGAAGUAUGUGGCCAAAAUUCGACCGAAAUUCAAGACAUUCUUAACUCUAAAGGAUAUAACCUAGAUCAAAUGGUGGAAACUUUUUCGGAUCCAGGUUUAAAAGGCAACCCGUUUGCAAUCAUGAAGACUCUUCGGAAAAAAAUGGGCGACAUCGGAACUGAGAAAUCAACAAGCAAGGAUGAGUCACUGGCAGAAGCUAUGUCGAAAAAAGUGAACGAAAAGUUAGAAUCGAAAUCGGAUUCUCUGGACCCCAAAACUGUGCAGGAUAUCAAAACGAUCGCCACUAAAGUAUCUCCUAAAGACUUAGACUAUCUACUUGAUCUUGAAAACAAAACUUCACCGGAUAUCUACACUGAACUUGUGAGUCUAUGUGUGUCAAAUCCAAGUCAGCUCAUGAGUAUUUUGAAAACUCACGAAGAGCCGCAAAGUUUUGCCAACGACCUGAUUGGUCUAACUAACUCACUGGAGUCGGGUCAACAGAAUAAUUUAAUGGAACUAGGGCAGCAAAUAGGCGGGGAAAGUUUCGAAAAGUUAGUGGAAUGUCUUAAAAGUGAAAAAGAUCAGCAAGGGCUGAAAACGGAAACGGAAAGUGUCGAAAAUAUUCUAAGCUUGACGUCACUGGUGAACCAGCCUAAAAAAGACAUUUUGAUUGAUCUCUACACAAAACUCGACCCUGAAAAGUUCCGAAAACUUGUGCAAGUAGGCCAAGAAAGCGAAAAGAACCUUUUCAAUUGUUUACAAAAAGGAGAUUCGGAAUUGGACAAUUUGAAACAAUUGAUUGACUUACAUGAUAAAUUGAACUCAGUUGAGUUCGAAACAGCGACUGAAUUAUACUCCAAAUUGGGUAAAGACGCGUUCAAAAAACUAUUAGCCCAAUAUAAAUUGAACCCAGAAACUGUUAAGGAAAUACUGGUUUCAAAAGAAGACAACUCAGAAGUUUUGUCGCAAAUUCUCGGCAAGAACUCAAAAUUAACUGCAGCUCAACUGAAGAAACGUCUUGAAGAAGUAGCCAAAGGAGGUGAAAAAGAUUCAACUAAACCAGUUGAUAGUCUAAGAGGAGCAGUGAUUGAUGCCACGGAGAAAAUAACAAAAGAAAAAGGACUGACCAAGAAAACUGCCGACAAUCUCAAAGAAAUAAGCUCAACGUUUUCUCCUGAGAUCGUAGAUAAAAUAUUUGAGAUGAAAGAUAGUUUAGCAACUGGGAAAUUUGACCAAUUUCUAGAAGCAUGCAAAUCUAAUCCAGAAAAAAUGGAAUGUUAUCUCAGGAGAACUAGCUGCAAACCAGAAUCAGUCAGUGACCUUAUGAGGCUUUUAGACAGAAGUGGAUCUCAAAAUUUGGCUGAAAACGUGAUAGAAAUUGUGACCAAAGCAGAAAACCCGAAAGAGUUCAUAAAUUUAAUGAACGGAAAAACUUCAAAACUUUCACAACAAGAGAAGAAAUUGCUGACUUCGAUUUCAGCUGUUGAGGAAACUCAAAAUCUUAAUGAUGCGAUUGGACUUCUUUCUUCUUGCAGCACAGAUGAGGUUUCGAAAAUAACCUAUAACCCAAUAACUCUCAAAGAAACUUGCGAGUUAGUUGGCAGCGAUAAAGAAAAGUUGAAAAAUAUGUUAGAACUAGAACAAAUUGAGGCCGAGCAGUUAGUUAAGAUUGCGAAAGAGAAUCUUGGAUUUAGCCAGAAACUCCUUCGAAAAGACUGGUUUGAACCAGAGGUCAUCGGCGAAGUUGUCAACUUGCGAAAAGUUUUAACACCGGGUCAGUUUGACCGUCUGGUGAAAAUGGCAGAAGAAGCCAGCUCAGUCGAAGACUUCAAAGAAGUUCUGGCCCUCAGAGAAGAAUCACCCGAAGACUUCAGGAGUCUAAUUAUCACUGGCCCGGACGAUCAAGCUCUCUUCGGAACAGACCAACCGGAUAAGAGUUCGAAGGAUACAUUCACGGAAUUAGCUGCGGAAAGAUUGAACCAAAUUGCUACGGAAACAGGACUGGAAGCAGGGUUAAGUGAAGAUUUCACGAACUUAAGUUGCGAAGCGACAGCGGGAGAUUUGGACAAACUCUGUUCUAUGAAAGAUGCCCUAGGUGAAAACAAAUUUGCCAAGCUGGUGAAUUUAGCAAGUGUAUAUUCGAAAGAAAUUGCAAAAAUACUUCACUGCCCGAAAACUAAUGUCGAUUCGAUAGAUGAUUUGCUGGGAGUUGUUGACCUCUUGGACGGAUCAGCACUUGAAAAAUUGAUGGCGACUGUUGACAAGGUCGAUGAUCCAGCUAAAAUCAACCAGCUGAUCGCGACCUUUUACACAAGUGACGAUGAUGAAAACAAGACUCCUGUUCUAGAAAUUGUUGAAUCGUUUUUAGACAUUGUCGAUUCUGCGAAUACAAAACAUGAAGCCAAUUCGAUCACGAAUAGUCUGGCGGAAUUAUCGUUGGAAUCUGUAGCUAACCUAUUAGAUAUGCACCAAAACGAAGAGUUGGAUCUAGCUAAAGCCUGUACUGUUUUAAAAGAGCCCGACACUCUUGAAAAUCUGAUUAAUUUGGAAACUGGUGUAGCAUCAAAGAUGGUUGCCCUUAGUGAUCAGUUUAAAGAGCUUGGAAACAAAGUUCUCCAAGAUAAAAAUUUCACUCCAGAAAUAGUCAAAAGUUUGAUUGAGGCACAAGGUGAUUUGGAACGGAAUGAGUUUGAAAUUUUAGCCAAAAAAUUGCAAGUCGAGCCUGUAACGGAGAUCGCUAGAAUUCUGCAGCUACGAUAUGACGCCCCUAAAGAAUUCAGCAAGCUUUUGACUUUCGGAAAUACACCUGAAACGCACGUAUCAUUUACGGAAACUACGCAACAAAAAUUGGAUGGAUUUGCAGCUGAUUCAGGCGUUGAUCCUUCCAAAUUUGACGGGAUUGAAAGUUUUGCAACACCUGCCGAUCUCGACAAGUUGACUCAGCUCAAAGAAAAUCUAGAUCAAGAAACUUUUCAGAAAUUCGCUGAUUUGUGUCAAGAUUUUCCAGAGGAAACAGCUCAUAUUUUGCAUGGAACUGAAGAUACCACGCCUGAUUUUGUAGAAGAUCUGCUUCAUGUGCUGGGCGGGCAAAAUGAUCAUCAAAAGGGUUCUAUAAUGCGAGCAAUGGGGAGUUGUGAGUCCCAGAAGCUGUUGCAAGUAAUCUCUAAAUUAGACCCACCUCAAGGCAUCGGAAGUUCCAGAAAAGAGCCUAAGAAGAACUUGGCAGUUGCUCUUUCAGAUGGUCUAUAUGUUGCAGAUAGUAAAAAAGAAACCGCAGCUGCUUUAAACGCUCUUCAGAAAAUCGGAAGUUCAACUAUUGCUGAUUUGGUAUCUUUUGCAACAAACAAUAAACUGCCUCUCUCGAAAAUGAUUUCUAAAUUUGGCAAUGAAAAAUCACUGAAAACAUUACAAACUGUGAAUCCAAUUGACGUUACAGAUAUGUUAAAAUUACAUGACCAAAAUGAGACAUUCGCGAGAAAAGUUGUGGAAAACGAAAGUGUCUCUAACGGAAUCGUCCAGGAAGUUUUGCGAUUGCAGCAAAGUUUGCCGCCUUCCGAUUUUGAUGAGUUUAUGACAUCAACUCAGAAUAUGCCAGCAGCUGAUAUGAAAUAUGCUUUAGCUCUCAAAAACACUUCGACUCAGGCUAAAAUUAGCGCCAAUAAAUUCAAAGAUUUAAGUCCUGAUCAAAUAAAAGCUCUGGAACUUCUAUCUGAUGAUGGAAAUAGGAUGGAAGAGCUAGCUGAGAUGCAACAAAACAAUCAUGAGCUGUUACUACAAAUGUUGGCGUUGAUGAAAACUAUGCCUGAGAAAGACCUCGAGGCGUUCCGGGAACUUAUUUUGGAAAACCCGGAAUUGUUACAAAAAAUUUUAAAGCUGAGCGAAUCGGCUCCGGGUGGAAACUUGGCAGAUCUUUUGGAUGAUCUUCGAGUCAAAAAUAAAAUUACCACCAAAGAUAGAAAAAGUGAAACUAGUAAGCCCAAAAUUGCACGUGGCAUAGACAAACCAGAUGGAAAAAGGACCUCAAGUAAAGGUACGCAAGGGAUUAUUCAAGAAGAGGAUUUGUUUUUCGAGGAUCCGAGAGGCGAUGAUAGACAUCAGUUGGAAAGUGGUCCAGGAGGAGGUCUGGAUCUGGACGGUCUGGCAAUGCAGGAAUUAGAAAGGGAAAACGAGGAGUUGAAAGCUGAGUUGGAACAAUUUAAAAAAAGCAGAUCAGUGGUUUUACGAGCAGGUAGAGACAAAGAAGACUCUGCUAAACAGCAUGAUGAUGAUCUGAUGAAAGAGAAGAUGAUGCUUGAGAAACAGUUGACGAAGGUGGAACAUAAGUUAGAGUUGGAGCAGAAGAACAACCAACUGAUGUCCAAGGCACUACAGAAGGUGGAGAGAGGGGCCAAGGAAAACAGGGAGUUGAAGGCUAAGGUGGACGAAUUGCUAGAGAAAGAAGCUAAAGUUGAUCAGUUACAGGAGCGUAUUGUGGAGCUGGAAAGCAUGCCACAAACAGAUCCGGAGUUACGUCGCCAGCUGGACAAGAUGUUCUGGAUGAACAAAGAGUUGUUGAGACAAAUCAACGAGAGAGAUUUUCAGACCUCCAAAUUGAAAGAGGAGUUCCGAGAACUGCAACAUGAGGACAUGGAGAAAGAUAAGAAGUUGGACGAUAUCAUGAGUCAUCGGGCUGAGUUUCUGAAGGAAGAAGAACAGAGUACUGAAAAUCGGGAACUGUUACGUAGCACCGAGAUUGAGAGACUUCGAGAAGAAAUUGCGUAUUUGAAUAAAAUCUUAGCACAGAAACCACAACCGGCGGAAAUGUCAAAUCACGACGACAGAGCAUCUUCUGUCAAUGAAGAUGAACAAAGCACGAAGGAAUCCCAUAAAGAAGAGUUAAAGAAAGUGAAGCAUGAGCUGGAAGAGUCGAAAAGAGCCAAAGAGAUGCUGGAGGAGCACCAGAGACGGAUCCAGAGUGAGAUCAAACAGGCCAAUGAGCACCUGCAGCAGGAACUGAAGUCCAUCACUUCCUCUAGCUCACGCAUGAAACAGGCACUCAAAGCCAAAGAGCGUGACUUGGAUUCGACCAAGAGUGAGCUGAAAGAUAAAGACCACCAGAAUCGCAUCCUCAGCAAACGAAUAGCCGAACUAGAAACUUAUCUCUACGAUUUUAUGGAAUUGUCGAAAAACGAGAAAGUUGUCUCGACGCCUCGAAAAGUAAUUCCCAAAGAAACGAAGAAACCCAAAACUAUACUUCAGUUUGGUCCAGAAAUCCCUGACCCCCCUCAGAGUACAGAAUCAGCUGCCAUUAUUCCCCCAUCAAACGGGACUUAUAUAAGUCCACUUCGCAAACAACUGGACGAGCAAAGUCACAGAUACGCAACAACGAAAGACUCGACUCAUUAAGGAUGCGAAACUAUAUUCUUUUUUAUUUAAAGUUUUUCCACGUGUUUACGACUUAAUCUUACUAUCAUUUAUAAAUUUACUACAUAAUAAUAAAAUU